AAAUUGUAGCCAUAGAGCGCUGCACCGCGCGCAGCUGGUGUUGUCUGGAUAUGAAAUGUAACCAAUAAAAAAAGUAGCUCAUGCCAAACCAUACUUGGUAACCAGUGUAGAAGACUGCACGCUUUUCACUCACACAUUGCACCUUCAAGAGGAAUAUAACCUGAGCUUCGCGGGGAACUGCGUUACAACAAGGUUACUGAAGUGCAGUCAGUAAGAAAAACGGAGAAAUCUACACACGAUGGACUGCCGGACUGUGGCCAAUGAUACACAUUGCUCCAGUUUCGUGAUGGCAUGGAUGUCCGACGUCGUGGCAAGCUUUUUCAAGUGAAGGGACAGAGCGCAUAUAAUUUUAUUGACAGCGAAUGUCCACAGUAUUCAUAGCCAAUUCUUGCCCUUUGCAGUGCAAUUCCGGUGGUAUACGGAAGCAUCCCUAUACUGACACAAAUAAGAGGAAGGAUUACAGCUCCAGUGUUCAACAUAGAGGAGCCCACAUUGCAGCUCUACCAAUAGAUCGUAUUAAUAUUUUACAACGAAAUGGGGUGAGUGUCUCGAGUAACUCUAUUCAACUCUCACUGACUCAUUGCAUUGGACGCUGGUAAAUGACUGUUGCUAUGAGAGAAAAGUUGAGGCUAUGCUGCAGUCAGUCGGGACCAUAUCUCAAAAGAAAGCAAACCUCUGCUGCCUUAUAAGAUGUAUCCGCAACAUCGAGAAAGGGAGCAGCCAAUCUUCAGUGCCAGGGCCCAUGUGUUCCAGAUCGACCCAAACACCAAGAGGAACUGGAUCCCCGCCAGCAAGCAUGCCGUCACCGUCUCCUUCUUCUACGACGGCAACAGGAACGUGUACCGCAUCAUCAGCGUGGGUGGUACGAAGGCCAUUAUCAACUGCACCAUCACACCGAGCAUGACGUUCACCAGGACCUCGCAGAAGUUCGGCCAGUGGGCGGACAGCAGGGCCAACACGGUCUACGGCCUGGGCUUCGCUACAGAGCAGCAGCUGCAUCAGUUUUCUGAGCGGUUUAAGGAGGUGAAAGAGGCUGCCCGUCUUGCACGUGAAAAGUCCCAGGAUAAGAUGGAGUUUGUCAACACUGCUCUCAGCAUCGCUGCCCCACAGUUCUCACAGGACCUCGGUGACGAGCUCCAGUCUCCGCCGGUGAUGUGUGUGAAUGGCCCUGAGGACAAGAUGUUCCGCAGCCAAAGCGCAGACAUCACACUAUCUUCUGAGAAGGAGCGUAUUAAAAAGAUGCUUUCUGAAGGGUCUAUCUGCGAGAUGAACCUGGAGGCAGAGCUCUUCACCCUGCAGGACAGCAACUCCAAGCUGGUGUCAGCGUUACAUGAGGCUAAUAACAACGUGCAGCAGUGGAAGAAGCAGCUAGCUGCCUACCAGGAGGAGACGGAGAGGCUACGAGACCAGGUGGCUGAUCUGGAAGCACAUGGCAGCCACGGUCCUAGUGACAUGCUAAAGGACGAGCUGACUCGGUCUCUGGAGGAACUGGAGGCCCUGCUCAAGGCUAAAGACGAGGAAAUCCACAUUCUGCAGAACAAGAAAUCAGAAUACCAUGAGAUGGAGCAGGAGAGAGAAGAAGCCAUACAUAGAUUACAGGAGAUGGAGAUGCGUAACCUGGAGCUGGAGCGGCGGGUGCAGAAUGCCGAGCAGAACCUGGCCGCCUCCCUUGAGGAGCGGGACCGCACAGAGAGUGAGGUGCAGAGGGCCAUCGAGAUUCUGGACGUCAAGCUCUUUGACCUGAACGACCUCCGGCAGAGCCUGGUCAAGCUGAUUGACAAAUGAUGCCAAAGAGGAAGGGUCUGUUGGGGACGGCCAAUGCAAAGAGAGGAAAAAGAGAAGGAGCUGGUACUCUCCUGCUAUAAAGCACAACACCGCUUCUGCUGUGGGAAGAUUGCUGCAUCGCUGUACUGUACUUUCCAGCUUGUUAAGCAAUAUGUUGUGGUGUUACCUAGGCAGUGUUUCCCAACCCAGGUCCUCCAUUGUACAUUUUUAUUGUAACCUGGACAAGCACACCUGAUUCAACUUGUCAACUAAUCAUCAAGCCCUCACUGAGUUGAAUGAGGUGUUUGUCAAGGCCUACAACGAAAACGGUGUACUGUUGGGGGUACUGGAGAACCGGGGUUGGGAAACACUGACCAAGGUGGUGUAUCUGCUGUGUCCGGUGUUGUGCUGCGUUUCAUGUUGCUUUCUUAAGCAACAUUCAAGGCAAUAGUCUUAAGUGCUAGGCUGUUUAUUUGCGAUUAGGAAUAUUGUCAAGAAUGAGAACAAUGACAUUAGGUGCUUGUAGAUUUUGAAUUCAACUGAUUUUAUACAAAUUUGGUAAUAUAAUGGUAUAAUGAGCAAUGUGGAUUAUCUAUUUUAAUUUUCCAGUGAGAGGAGUUGAUUUAUUUUGGGGGGGAGAGAUCUCAGUGCAACCAUGUAUUUGGAAAGGAGCAUUACAUGACGCAGAUGGAGAAUAAAAAAAUGUGGCUGACAGAAUUUA